AAUGAAUAGUGAAAGUGGAGGAAGGCAAGACAAAGCAUCAGACACCGUAAAGAGUAGUAAAUACUACAACUUGUUAACUGGUCUUAUCAUUGUAUGCGUUGUCUUCUUUCUAGUAAUGAUUCUAGUCCUAUUCUAUUGGAAAGUUACAAAACUUGUUCAGAGGAUGCUACUAAGACAAUCAUCUAGGUUAGAAACGGAUUCUGUAGCUGCAGCCCAAUUUUUAAAUUACGCCUGUAAUUAUCAGAACGCUAUGCCUACUAAUGAAAAGAUUUUAGAUAAUCGCCAAAGUUUUAGGCCACUUGAAUCAAUUAUUCCUAAAGAUAUGACUUGCACUAGUUGCAGAUCACAAUAUCCUUAUGAAAUACCUAAUGAAUUCAAUUUUCGACAUUCCCUACCUCAUAUUCGAGGACAUUCCGAAAGUAAUCUUGCUAGUUUAUCAAACCAAGGAAUAUUAAAGAAGCCGUCAGAGGACAUUGAACUGCCGUUUAAUGAAGAGAGAAUAAGAGAAAAUCAAUUUGAAAACGAAGGAGAUUACGCAGUACCUAAAGAAGGUUUUAGGUAUUCGAGUUCUGAAGCUGAGGAUGACAAUGCUGCUCCUAAACAAGCUAGAUUUGAUCCCUCAGUUGAAGUCAAUUUUGUUCGAAGUUCAAGCAUUUCUUAUCCUGCUAGACCAAAAAUGGGUUUAAAUGGUUUCGGAAAGUUUUCAACAGUUGGCCGUAAAAAGGGAAGGAAGCAUUUUGAAUUUGUUAAAUUAAAACGAAGAGUAGCUGAUACAUCGAUAGAAAUUAAUGAUGUUUGCGAUAAAGUAGCUGAAAAUGAAUCGUAUAACCCGUCUAUUACUAAUUAA